AUGGAGCAGCAAAUAGCCUAUGUGACGAAAUGCAUUCAAAAGUGCAUUCGAGAGGGCUACAAAAGCAUCGUUGUCAAAGACAGUGCGGUUGAGUCGUUUCUCAAAUACACAGACAACUACUUUGACAGAACAGUAUUCACAGGAAAUUGCAAGUCUUGGUACAAGAACGGCGCCACGGGCAAAGCAACAAUCAGGACGCUGUGGCCUGGUUCCUGUCUGCAUGGCUACACUGCUCUGCGUCACCCUCGCUGGGAAGACUUUGACUACGAGAGACUGGAUGACUACGACCAUCCGAUGGCCUGGCUUGGUAACGGAGACGUGCAACCCGACCUCGAUCGUGCAUUCUAUUUCGAAGAAGUCUGGGCUAUGCAUAAAGUUAGUUCAUUGUUUUGA